AUGAAGCUGGCGACGAUUUCCUUGUUCGGCCUCGCUGUGGCUAUGUCCGAGUUCCGGUUCGCGUACGGCGAUCAGUGCCCUGCCUUGGAAGCAGCUGUGGAGGAGGCCCGCAUGGACGUCGAAACUGCCAGCUCGAACGUCGAAACGGCCCGCCAGGCCGUCGUUGCCGCUGAGGAUGAACUUGACCAACGCACGGCAGACCUUGCAGCGGCGCAGCAGGAGUUUGCUGGGUGUCAGGGGUGGACUCCGACGGUUGGCCAGACGUGGAACUACCACCUGAACGUCGGAGAGAACCUCCCGAAGCCCGGCGAGGUUACCGAUGACACUCCCGAAGCGGACGUCUAUAUGAUCGAUAUGGAUUCGGAUGGCAUCGAAGACACGAUCGAAGCCCUCCACAGCGACGGGAAGUACGCCGUCUGCUACAUCUCGAUCGGGACGUGGGAGCCCUGGCGCGCCGACAAACACGAGUUCCCCCAGGAAGCUCUCAAGAAUAACCUGGCCAACUGGCCGGACGAGCAGUGGAUCGACAUUGGGUACACCGGGAAGGGCCAAACGGACAAGACCGUCAUGGACAUCAUGAAAGCUCGUGUGGAUAGGGCGGCAUCCCUGGGGUGUGACGGGAUCGAGCCGGACAACAUGUCGGUGGCCUUCGAAGACUCCGGCUACACCGGAAUCGAAUCUGUUACGCAGGCGAAGAACCUCGAAUACAACGAGGAAUUCGCCCAAUAUGUCAAGGCGCAGGGAAUGAAAGUUGCCAUGAAGAACCUCAUUUGGGAAACGACCGAAGUGAACCUGAAGGAACACGCCCAGAACUACGACUUCGCCAUUGUCGAGGAGUGCGCGCAGUACAACGAAUGCGGCCUCGCCGAGGAAUGGAACAUGGGUGAUGACGUGUCGCCAAAGAAGCCGGUCUUCCACGUCGAGUACCGCGAGAGUGGCCGCAGUUCGAUCCGAAACAUGUGCAGCGGCAAGGCUAACUCGGACUACAAGGAUUUCGCCACCAUCGUCAAGACGUACCCAGUGUGGGGGCCGUACUGCACGUGCGACGAAUCCAAUGUGUGGAGGUGCGCCAGAAGUCUGAACCGGGACUUUUGA